CCGGAAGUGAACCUCGCAGAGAGAGCAAAGGCUGGCAGUGAGUGGAGAGAUGGCAGCCGCGGCUGUGGCUGAGUUUCAGAGAGCUCGGUCUCUUAUUGGAACCGACCGUAACGCUUCUAUUGAUAUUUUACACUCUAUAGUGAAGCGGGACAUCCAGGACAACGAUGAGGAGGCGGUGCGUGUUAAGGAGCAGAGCAUCCUGGAGCUGGGCGGGCUGCUGGCGAAGACCGGACAGGCAGCAGAGCUUGGAGGCCUCCUGAAGUAUGUGCGCCCUUUCCUCAACUCCAUCUCUAAGGCGAAAGCAGCUCGUCUGGUCCGCUCGCUGCUGGACUUGUUCCUGGAUAUGGAAGCGGCUACAGGGCAGGAAGUAGAGCUUUGUCUGGAGUGCAUUGAGUGGGCGAAGGCAGAGAAAAGGACCUUCCUCCGCCAGGCGCUUGAGGCUCGACUCAUCUCUCUGUAUUUCGACACAAAGUGCUACCAGGAAGCAUUACAAUUAGGCUCCCAGUUGCUGCAGGAGCUCAAGAAGAUGGAUGACAAGGCCCUGCUGGUGGAGGUGCAGCUGCUGGAGAGUAAGACGUACCACGCGCUCAGUAACCUGCCAAAGGCGCGUGCAGCGCUCACCUCUGCCAGGACGACUGCCAACGCCAUCUACUGCCCACCCAAACUCCAAGCUGCUUUAGACAUGCAGUCAGGGAUCAUUCAUGCAGCAGAGGAGAAAGACUGGAAAACGGCGUAUUCAUACUUUUAUGAGGCCUUUGAGGGUUAUGACUCGAUCGACAGCCCGCGAGCCAUCACAGCGCUCAAAUACAUGCUGCUCUGCAAAAUAAUGCUCAACACCCCCGAGGAUGUCCAGACCCUGAUCAGUGGUAAACUUGCUCUGCGGUACGCAGGCAGACAGACAGACUCCCUCAAAUGUGUAGCGCAAGCCAGUAAGAACCGGUCGCUGGCAGACUUUGAAAAGGCACUAACAGAGUACAAAGCAGAGUUGAGGGAUGACCCCAUCAUCAGCACCCAUCUGACAAAGUUGUAUGACAACCUGCUGGAGCAGAACCUCAUCAGGGUCAUCGAGCCUUUCUCCAGGGUGCAGAUCACGCACAUCUCCUCCCUCAUCAAACUCCCUAAGGGAGACGUAGAGAGGAAAUUAUCUCAGAUGAUUCUGGACCAGAAGUUUCAUGGUAUUUUGGACCAAGGCGAAGGUGUGUUGAUUGUCUUUGAUGAGCCAGUGGUGGAUAAGACGUACGAGGCAGCUCUGGACACCAUUCAGAAUAUGAGCAAAGUGGUUGACUCGCUUUACAACAAAGCAAAGAAGCUCACAUAAGAGAGGAUGGAGCGUCUGUCCACCUGCGUGGAGAUUUGGGCCAGUCGGAUCUCCUUCAUUCUCCCACCUCAAUAUAGAAGGGACAGGGGGUAGGAGGAGGAGGAGGAGGAGGAGGAGGAAGUGACUAACUUUCAACCCAGCAAGCAAACCAACAAGUUGUACAGAUAAAGAUGACGCCCCCCCUCACCCCCACUCGUCACACACAGAAGAAGAAUCGGGCGGGGUGGACUGUGUGACUCUCCCUCCUCGAUUAGCCGUCUGUUCUCCCUGCUUCUUCUCUCUCUCUGUUCCUUCUUUAUCUGACUGGGAUUGAUCAGGCGCGCAGUGCUCCUCCUAGUGGAUCUCUUGCAGCACUGCACUUGUCUUCUCUCCUCCCCUCCCAGGGCUGGUUUCUACUGUAUGUAAAAUUGGACAAGCCUCUCCCCCAAGUCUCCGUCUGUGCUGGUCAUCAGGGAAUCUUGUAAAAUAACAGUAGAUGAUAAAUAUACAUUACCUAUACACACAUGUAUAAUAAACAUUGAAACAAGAUCUUUGUUCUGAAAGCGAGAGAAAAGGCGCUCCGUUUGUCUGUAUCUGUUUUUAAUUGCCAACUGGCGCUGAAACUGAAUGUUUGCAUUUUUCUAUAGCUGUGGAACACCAAUUACAGGCCAAGCGAGAAAUCUUUGUGAAUCAGCAGGGCAUUAGCGCAAACCCCUUACCUUUUAUUUCAGACCCUUCCCUGUACAUACCUGAGGAUGUUUCUCAUUCAUUCACAAGGAAUAUUGGACUUGUGGAUAACAGGGAACUGUGUCACUGCUACCUGUUUGUAAAUACAAUUUUGCCCCUGAAAGCUUGGCUGCUCCCUUUUCUGGCUCUGGGGGAUUGGUCAGUUUGACAAAAAGGCAGGUUGGCUUGAGAAAACUGAGCUGUAAAUCUUUUGGGAACUGAAUUUUGCAAAGACUUAAGGGUUCACAAUGUAUGACUUGGACAAAGACUAAUAAAAAAAAGAAACCUU